UCUCCUCUCCUCGCUGGUUUUCUCUUUUUGUUCUUUACCUUGCUUUUUCUUUUUUCUUCCUUUUGCAUGCUUCAAUCCAAGAUCUCUCUCUCAUUACUUAGUAUUUUUAAGAGCCGUUUGCGGUAAAUUGAAGCCCACGACGAGGCCUUCAGAUCCAUACCAGCAAUUUCAGCAUUUGGCCACCUUAGGGAGUCCGAAAAUUUGGACCCAUUUUGAGAGUUUUGCACAAUUUUGAGAUAGGGGUCUCUAAUUCCCACUUUCUUGCACCUUUGUGAAUUUUUCUACUAAAAUUCUUAUCAAGCAUGUAUAAUUUGAGUUGAUUGUUUCUAAAUUGACUUACUUGGGUAUGUAAAGCAUGUUAUUAGAUGUAUUGUUUGAUUUGAAUGAAAAGUAUGCUUAAGUGUUGAUUUUUUUAUGUCUAUUGUGUUGUUAAUUGCUAGAAAUGAUGAAUGUAAGUAUGUAUAAUUUUCUUCGAAUUUCUUGUAAAGCAUGCUUAUUUAUAUUAUAUGAAAAUCCCUUAUUGUCAUGGUAUUAAUAGUAUGAGAAGCAUGCUAAGUUUAAAUUUCUUAUAUGCCUAGAAUGUUAUGUGUUAUGAAUUUGGGUUCGAUUUUUAUUGAAGCUUUGAGUUAAUUAUUUUAUUUUAUUUUAUUUUACUUUAUUUUGUAUACAAGAAUGAUGUAUAUAAAAUAUGUGGAAGUUGAUAUUAACAUGUCAUGGAAAGGCAUGAUGCAUUCAUGCAUGACAUUGGGCAUAAAAAAGGGGAAAAAAUUUGAGUUGAAAUGGAAAAUUGUUUUUGAAAGAAAUAAAAGAAAAUAUUUUGGUAAAGGUUUUGAUAAAAGUUUUGCGAAAAACCCGGUCGCCUAGGAAAUUGCCUAUGGGUCCGUGGCGUUAAUGUGAUACAGAGAGAGCUAAGGAGACUGCCCUAGCGUGAUUGAGUUAACUGCAUCCCAAAUGACGCCCUGGAACUUGCCUUGUGGUCAGGGACAGUUAAUUAAUUCUUCUCUCGUGCCGCCAUGGAGCUGCCAUGGGACGGCUUACAUUAACGGUUUGGAAAUGAUAGCAGAAAUGGUUUUGGUAAAAAUUGGGGAGUGACAUUGCAUGGCAUUGCAUCCUAUUGCACGACAUAAUUUAAUUAUGACUUGGGUUGUCAAAUUUGUUGCUAUGUUUACCCCGGUAUGGUAUAAUCCCGCUUCUUUAUUUUUCUAUUCAUUGUGUGGAUUCACGGGGUCACCAGAGGUGUGUCUUAGGCACCACCUACUGAGCAAUUUGCUUACCCCUUAUAUUUAUCAUUUUUCAGGACAUGGAAGGGAAGUGGCGGACGACGCUCCUCCAUAGGGUUCGAUGGGUUAGUAGACCGUUUUGACAUACCUUGCAGUUAUGAUAUCAUUUUAUUAUUUAUUUAUUUAUUUAUUAUUAUUAUUAUUUUAUAAACCCUGAGAUGAUAUGUAUAUUAUGUAUUGACAUAGGAAAUAACGGUAAUGCCCUUAGUUGACCUCAGGUUUGGGUAAGGACCCGGUUAACGAUUCGGACCCUCGGGUUCGGGUCGUUACAAAAUUGGUAUCAGAGCAAUGGUUUGAAAACUAGUCGGACGACGGGUAGAGACCUAUUUAGGGUUGUGUGGGAAGUCGUUUGCGUUAUUUAAGUGACUAAUUACUAGAGUGUUUAGGUGUUUGAGAAGCAUGCCUACUUGUUUACUUACUUACCUAUUUAUUUGCUUACAUGAUCACAUGCUUAUAUGUUUGCAGUUUUGAGGGCAUGUCUAAUUGCUAAGUGCUUAUGUGUUUAGAUCCUAAAAUUUGUGUUACAUGGCCAUGCAUGUGAAGUAGUCAUAUAAUCUAAACUAUGAAAAUGAAAUGUGAAGGUAAUUGAAAACAUGUUUUACAUGAUAAGAUGGCAAGCUGUGAGCACGGAUCGUGUAAGUGUUAGUAUAUGAAAUAAUGAGGAAGAUAGAAAAGGAUAUUUAAUUUCACAUAAUAAUUUAAUGGAUUUAUCGUUUAAACUUCUGUGAUAGGACACGGUCGUGUCAAGAGUUAUGUUUCGGUUAUUAUAUAUAUAGAUAUUAGUGUAUUUUGUGUAUAUACCUAUAUUCUUAUGCAUGCAUGUGGUCGAGCAUGGGAAGGUUGCUAGUACGGUGGGGAACUUGUCAUGGCAUUGAGGAUUAUGUAAGUUUUGACUUUAGUAGGCGAGAAGCUCGGUUGCUCUAAAGUUGUUGGGUGAGUGUUCUUGUCGAACUAAUGGCGUGGGUUUCUAGAUCGUGGACUGAGCUAUUUUGUACAGCCAUUUUUGAUCUUCUUGUUGCAUUUGGUGGGGUGCUUAGAGCAUGACUUUAGAAUGGGUUCAUAUUUCAUUGCAUGAUGCCCUUGUUGCAUGUGAGUUUCAUGCGUUGGUGUAUGGGUUUUGGUGACCAUGGAGGUCGGGUGUGCGAGUGAGGGCUUUGGUAUGCCCAUAAGAGGUUGGUGUUAGUGACUUGGGUCACGGUUUGGUGCGGAGGUUCUUUUCGAACCGGUAGUGGUUAGUGUGACAGUGGUUGUUUAAGUCACGAAUGUAGUCUAUUGGUUGUAGGUGUGUAUUACGGGUGUUCUAGUACGGUCUGAGGAAGUGUUUUGGUUCCGACUAUCAUGGAAACUUGUUGGAUUCUGUAGGUCGGGGGUGAUAUAGAAUCGGUUACUGGGUGUCGCGCAUUUUGUGGUCUUGUAAGAGUUUGUUUUAGAGACUGGUUUGUCAAGGUGUGAUUUUCAUUUUGGAUAGUUGUGGGAGCGUGUUGCUGGUAAUUGACUCUCGGUGAGUUGAUUACUUGGUUCGGUGGAUGAGCGGGGAUAUAGGUUACCACGGUUGUCGAGAGAGUCUUGAGGUGGUGUAUAGUGGUUAGUUUUAGUCGUAUGGAGCAGGAUUGUACUAUAAGGCAAGUUAUUUGAGGUCAUUGAAGUGCUCGUUGUUGUGGAUGAAGUGAUCGAUAAUAAGUGUGUGUUACCAAAAGGACUGUGUUUUAAAUGUUGUAAGUUGCGGGCUGGGGUUGUAUUUCAAAUCAAGUCUGACAUAUCAGGAGAUAGUGUUUGGUGUUUGAGGAUUCUAAAAGAUAGAUUGAUGAUAAGAAUGAUUGGGAUGAGGUUGAUCUUGUAGGUUUAGUUGGUAGGCCAUUUGACCUUUGUCGGGGCCAAGGGUGUUCUGAGAAACAGUGCGGAGAAGAAAUGAUGAUGUUGAACCUAGUGUGUGAAGUUUUCUUGGUUAGACACGUAGAUCGCAUUAGAAAGAGUGGUUUAAGUAGUCAGUUAGGCGUUUGUGAAUGAUUGUAUCGUUGAUGAUUUUAAGGAGACAAUUGGGUGUUGAGCAUUUCGGAUCUUGUGCUCAUUUUGUUCCAGGAUUUGUCGGCAUGGCAUUGCCGUAUGGAGAUUCUUUUCUAGUGGUAAAUAGUAGUUGUUAUGGGUAGUAUCGAGAGUUGUGCUUAUUCUUUUGUUACAAUGGUAUUAUCUUAAGGAUGUUCAAGGAAAAACUUUUUGAGUAGUGACUUGAUGAUCUGAUGGGAUAAGAGGUUUAAACUGUUGUUGAAAUGAGUGACAGUGGAGGUGUUAUGGUGUCAUGGUGUGAUGUUUAGUGCUGAUGAGCAGGAUAGUUUAAGGUAUGAUCUGAGGAUGGAUUGGAGAUUAUAAGCUGUUGUUGUGUGCUGAUAGGUAGGUGAUGGGAUUGUGCGCCAGUUGAGGCGAUUGUGGAUAGUUGAGUUUUUAGAACUAGCGAGAGCGGUGUUGCCGGAUAGACACCUUUUUUCUUUUGAGGAGUUAGUGGAAUGUUGUGACUGAGGGUCUUGUGUGCACGGUGUUCGAGGUAACAUCGUUUUGAAGGGUGAAGGUGGAAUGGAUGGUAAAGUGUCAUUUUAUGGCUUUGGGGUUGUCAUUUGGGAGUGAUGGUUUCCAGAUAGGACGGAACGCGGUGUCCAUAGUGCUAUGAUUGUUUCUAGUGAUCGAGUGUCGUGAGCAUUAAUGCUCUUAUUUGAUUGGUCUUGGUUAGCAUAGUGUUGUGGAGAAGUGUGUAUGAAGUUUCUGUGUUGAUUGUGUAGGACGGUCCGUUUGUGGCAAGGUCGCUUUGAUUGGGUGUCCACAAAUGGAUGAAUGAUAAGUAGUGUGUGACAGGUUGUCGGGUGCAUUUGAGUGCGAGUCGUCAGUCUCUUAUGAGAGCUGGGUUCGUUGCCCUUUCCGUUUGUUCUAGUGCCGGCAAGGACGUCGUUUGUUGUGAGUCUUGUUCUCCAUUUAGGAGUUGUGCGCGACCAUGGGUGGACAGACCUAUGAGUGGUUUGUUAUGUUGUUGGGUUCAUCAGUAGAGGUUCUGGUUGAAUGGGUUGACUCACUCCCUUGGAGGGAGGUGGAGUCUUGGGCUUCUGUACUGCCUGUUUUGAGUAUGGUUUUGACCGAUAGUAUGCGAGGCACGAACUAUCGAAUAGGAUUGUAUAUUUUCAGUGUUAGGUAUUGGUGGUGGCGGGAAGGAAUUUGUCAUAAAUGAAAGAUUGAAAAUGAUUAGGUGAUGUGAUGUGACACAUGUAUUUGGAUGUUUUUAUAGGUGAUUGAUUCUAACAGUGUUUCGAGGACAGGUGUUGGUAUUGUCGAAAGUUAUGCAGCUAGAGAAUGAUUAUGGGAUUCCAUUGAGGAUAAUAUGAAUGAUUGACUUUAGUUUUGAGAUUUCAGGCAUGAAAUAGUUACAUUGUGUGUUUUGACGAGGUAAGAAUUGAAUCGAGUAAUGCUAUGGAGUUGUUUACUUAGUAUAGGCGUUAAUAGGAGAUUAGAGAUCUUUUAUGCUAGUUGAUGACUGUGGUAUUUGGUGCCGUAUUGCUUUUAGCUUUUUAUAGUUAUUUGAUUAAAGUAUGAUUGGGAUUUUUAGAGUAUGUAUAUGGCUGUAUAGUUGUUAAGGUUACGUAGAGCGAUGGAUUAUUGUGAGUGGAUCUUAUUGUUGUUUUGUGGACUGUGUGAGAUUUUGUUUGACGUUUGGACUUGAGGAUAGGAACAACAUCUGUGUUGAGAUCGGAUCGAGGAUGAGAAUGGCCUAGCCAACCAUUUCUCCUAAAUCAAUCCCUCUCUAGCACGAUGUUGGGUCAAAGGUAAAUGAUUGUUUUAGGUUCUCACGAAUAGUGAGAGUAUGGUAUUGAGUGUGUGUUAGUGUGGUGGUGUAUAUUCAGGAAGUUGUAUCGGGUGACGAGGUGUGUUGGGUGGGACCCAGUGCACGAUCCGUUUAAUUAUUAAAGAUCUUGUUCCAAGGAUUUGUGUCUUGGGUACAGGAUAGUACGCUUAUUGAUUUGGUGACUAAUGUUUAUGCAGUUAUUGGGGGACUCAUUGUUUAAUCAUUAUGUAAUUGUUAAGUGUAAUGAUUGUUAUAUGGUGUGAUUAGUAGUCGUUGGUACGAUUAUGUGGUGGUGUAGCUACGUACUAAAUAGUAAGUGUUUGGUCUGUCAGGGACGUGUAGAUUAGAGUUGAGAUUGAUUGAUAGAUGGAUGGAAUUUCUUGUUUAGGGUUUAAUGUGUCAUUUGAAGGAUGAGUGAAGGUUGGAUGUUGUUACGUUCCGGGGUCUUGUAACCAUUUUCCUUUCAGGCUUUGGAGCCUUUCAUGGCAGUGUGGAGUGGACUGAUGUUCGUCUUAAGUCAGGCAUAGAGCCUAGUUGGUCUUAUGUUAUGAUGAAGUGGGAAAUGAGUACCGUUUUGGGUUUUGGUGACAGUGGUGUGUAAUUGCCUGAUAACGUCCAGUGUCAAAGGCAAUAAUGUUAGUGGGUUCAUAGUCUCAAGAUUUCGUGAGGUGUUCUUGGAGAGUGUGUGGCUAUGGGCCUUCAUCACAAGGAGGGUAGAUUUCGAGGACGAAAUCUCUUUAAGGAGGGUAGAUUGUGAUGUUUCCAAUUUUCGGCAUUUUUCAUUUUUUUGAAAAUUUUUGUCGCUGUAAGGGCAAUUUCGUCAUUUCACGUUUUGCACACCAGACAUCAGGGGGUGUGCCGGGUGUGUCAGAGAGUUGGUUGGGGCAUUCCAUUGAGUUCAGGACUCUUGGAAAUGCAAGGUUAGUCAUUUUCGAAUUUUUUCAUUUUUCGCACCGGACGGACCUGUGUGGGGCCAGCUAUCGGUAUUGCCAUGUACGGGUAUUUUAGUUGGGUCCAUUUGCAUCAUAUUUAUUCUUAUUUAUUGUGUUUUAUGUGGUUGCAAAUUAUAUGUGUAAUUAUGUGUGUGUGUGGUGUAAAUUAAAAACAAAAAGGAAAAGGAAAAAUAAAAUAAAAAAAUGAUGGAACCCACCAAUAUCAAACUUAAUGCAUGAGACAUGUUUGGUCACCAUUCUCUCUUCUCCCCGCUGGUUUUCUCUUUUUGUUCUUUACUUUGCUUUUUCUUUUUUCUUCCUUUUGCAAGCUUCAAUCCAAGGUCUCUCUCUCAUUACUUAGUAUUUUUAAUAGCCGUUUGCGGCAAAUCGAAGCCCACGACGAGGCCUUCAGAUCCAUACCAGCAAUUUCAGCAUUUGGCCACCUUAAGGAGUCCAAAAAUUUGGACCCAUUUUGAGGGUUUUGCACAAUUUUGAGGAUAUGGAAGGGAAGUGGCGAACAACACUCCUCCACAGGGUUCGAUGGGCAAAGUUGACGAGCGCGCCGAGAUUUACGUUUUGAUCGGAGCAAAGUCCCGUUUGACCACCAUUGGAUUUCGAAAUAUUGGGCAUAUUUUGGGGCUUUUCUUCAAUUAAGAGGUACUUGACUACAAGGAAGGCGAACUUUGGAACUUGAAGCAAUUAUUGGAGGUUAAAGCUAAAUUUGGAGUUGAAGUGCUAAAGGACCGUUGUGAGCAAUUCUUGGAACUCUUAUAUUUUAAUUGUUUCACUUCUUUGCGUGCUUGUGAUAGCCCUUGUUGAGGCUCAUUUUAUUGCUUAAAUUUUUGUCCAAGCAUAGGCCCUUGUUGAGGCCAUUAUUUGUUGUAUUUGGGUUUUAAUUGUGAAUGGAGGAAUUGUUUGAUCCAAGUUUGGGGGGAAAUUACAUCCCUUCACCUUAUACUCCUCCAUCAUAUUUUAAUCCUUAUGAGAUUGUGUCCAAUACAUUUCAACAUGCAUCAUCUUAUCAUGGACUUGAUCACUCAUUUAAUCCUUCUUAUGACUAUUACCCUCCACCACCAUUUUAUGAUGAACCAAUUCCACCACCUUCUAGGUACUCACUCAGAUUUGAAGAAAAAGUGUUAGUUUUACUUGAUGUUCAUAUUUCACAAACUGCACUUAUUAAUUCUCAUUCUCAAACUUUAGCCAAGCUUGAAGCUCAAGUUGAGCAAAUUACAAGUACUCUUUCUCGUCAAGAGGAGGAGGAAGAGGCAAAUGAAAAAAUGGCAAGAACUUCAAUGUAUAUAGAUGAGGAUGAUGAGAGUGAAGAGGAUGAAACAAGUGAGCUAAUGCCUAUCACUCUAUCUUGUAUAGAGGAGGAAGUGGCAAGUGAGUUAGUGGCUAAUCCAAUAAAGCAUAACAUGAUUAAUGAGGACUUUCCUUGUUUUGAUUAUGAUUUUAUCUAUGACAUGGCUACUUUAGAGAGUGAGAAGAUGUUGACCACACUUGAGGUAGGAGAGAAGGAGGAGGAACUUGUUGAAGAGGGCCUUCCUUCUAUUAUCUCCAAUGACCCUCUUGAGGAAUACCUUUUUGAAAUGUAUAAAAAUUGUGGUUUUGACUUUGAAAGCUCCAAAAAUGAAGUGAACUCUCUAAUGGACUCCUUCGCUAAUUUGGAAGGUGAAGAGAUGGUUAUUUUUGCGGAGGAGAAAAAGGAUGAAGAGAAGGUGUUUCUUGAUAUUCCAAAUGAGUCUUUGAAAGACAUUGACUUGCCAAUUCACAUAGGAAGUGAUUCUUUGAAUACACUUCAAGAGCACAAAAAUGAUGCAAGGCUAACCAUGAUUGAUUUUGUUUUCAAGACCGUGGAUGAAAUGAACAAUAUCAUCUCUUUCAUUUCUUUUCAAGUUAUUCUUUUGGAGGAUGAUUUUAUUGUUGUAAGUGGGACAUUAAAUGAGAAAAGUGAAAAGAGGAUCAAUAAGGAUGUUUCAUAUCCGGUUUUUUAUUCUUUUGAUUAGUGAGUUGACCCAACGUCUUGCUAAAGACGUUAAACACUAGUAUUCGUAGAGUUUCCAACUCUAUUCCUAUCCCAUUUCUUUUUAUUAUUUAUUUUUAUUUUCCGUUCUUGUGUACAUUUUUCCAUCCAAUUUUUAAUUUUUAUUCUUGUUACCAUCAUUGGGGUUUAGCAUAGGAUUUUAUGCACUUUCAUCUCAAAAUGAUGCAUUUGGUACCAGUUCGAUCGAUCACAAGAGCACCUUCGAUCGAUCGAACAUCAUCUUUGCAAAUUUUCAUCUCUCUGUUCCAUUGUUCGAAGAGAACCUGCAUAUUUCAGCUCUCAGUCCCAUCGUUCGAACUUUCUGUUCGAUCGAUCCAAGUAAAUUUGAUCGAUCCAGGAGCCCUCAUGAUCGAUCAAGAUUCCAUACUUAGAAAAAUUUUCAAAGCACCGCAAAUUUUAUAUCCACUAUCCCAUCGUGCGAGCAUAGAUCAAUCAUGGUGUGAUCGAUCCAAGUCAAGAUCGAUCACAACUUUACCCUUUGAAUUUUUAACUUUUUCUUCUUUCUAUUUUUCAUCUUCUUUGACUUUUGUUAUUCCUUUUAUUUUAUUUACUCUCUUUUCUCUUAUUAAAAAAAAAAAAAAGUUUUAAAAUUUGUUUAAAAUACAAAAAUAUUUUUGUUUAUUUUAUUUUAUUUUUGAAAACUCCAAAAAGAUUUUUAUUUUAUUUUAUUUUCAUUUUUACUUUCAAGAUUUAUUUUUAUUUCAAACUUUUUUUUUUUUAAAAAAAAAAAAACAAAAAAUCCCAAAAAUAUUUUUCUUUUCUUUUCUUUUAUUUUAUUUCCUUUUAUCUUAUUUGCAAAAAAAAAAAAUCCAAAAAUAUUUUGUUUAACUUGAAUUUUUAAUUUUUCUUAAUUUUUAAUUUUUAGUUUUUAAUUUCGAAUAAAAAAAAAGAAGAUGGUUUUUCAAAGAAGCAUUCUGUCUUGCUAGAGACGUUAAACUUAGCAACCAUUUUGCAUAUUUCUUGCAUUUUUCAUUUCUCGCAUUUUUCAUUUCUCUUUACAUGUUUUCACAUAUAAAAAAAUAAAAUAAAAUAAAUAAAAAAGUAAAAAAUAAAUAAAUAAAUAAAAUAAAAUAAAAUUUUAU